GUUGAACGAGUUGGACGCGGUCUGCGGUUCAUAUAAAAACAAACGCAUUUGGACGCCAAAUUUAUUGUUAAAAUUAAUUCAACUAACUAAAAAAGUUAGUUUGACGAAAUUUCUUUAUUGCCGUUACAUGUUUUAGUUGUGUUUUCAUCAUAUUUCGCUUCUGUAUCUGUUGCGCGUCGUGUUGCGGUUGUGUAUGUGUGCGUGCGCCCCAAUUGUGUCGGUGUGUGCGUUUGUCUAUUGUGCAUUAAUAAAUUAUUAGUAAAUCAUAAAUAAGUAAAGCUGAAAAGCAAACACGCAAAUACUUGCGAAAAUUAUUAUCGCCAGCUGCAGGCAAGUUGUGAUUAACAAAAAGUGAAACCAUAAAAGCAAAGAAAGUGAAACGAAACCGAUUGUGACUUAAAAACUAAAUGAGCAACCCACGCGCAUGUUGCAGGUGUCGCGUGUUUGUGGCUUAUUAAAACAUAAAAAAAGAAAUAAUAACAACCACAUUUAAAUACAUGAUGGCAACUGUAGAACGUAGCUGAGUACUUGGCAUACUAAUUGGAACAUGUCGCUGCGCAGCAACAAGUUGCAAAGCCAACAAUCAACGGGUGGCAACGCCGGCAACAACAUGUCGUACCAGCAGCAGCAGCAACAGUUGCUCGCACAGCUGCAGCAGCAGCACAAGUUCCAGGCACAGCAGCAACAUCAACAGCAACAUCAGCAGCAGCAGCAGAUGCAACAGCAGCUCUCCAAUGGAGCUGGCUCCAAGUACAUGAACAGCAAUACGAGUCGCAACAAUCUGGCCACACUGGUCGCUGCCAUCAACGGGCACGAUCAGUCGGAUGGGCCGCCAGGCUCGCACAGCAGCGGCUAUCAGCUGUCGCCGGCGGCUGCCACACGCGUCACGCACGCCCCACCGCUGGGUCCGCCCUCCUACAGUGCUGCCACCGCACAGCAGCCCGCGUUCGCCUACUUCAGCCAGCAGCAACAUGCGGCGAUUGCCUAUCAGCAACAGCAGCAACAGCAGCAACAACAUCAACAACAGCAGCAGCAACAACAACAGCUGUCGCUGCCUCCGCCGGAUCUCACGGAUGGCAUAGAUCAUCAUCCGGGCUCGUUGUCGCCGCCGGAUUCACCCAAUGCCGCCUCGGCCGCUGAGCUGGAGCAGCAGCUGUGCGUUGUGGCCAAGAUGCAGAAAUCGGUGACAAUAACUGUGACGCCGCAGCGCAGCAAUUCCAUGGAUUUUCUCAACUUUGAGGAAAAGCGUCAGCUAAUUGCCUCCUCGUUGUCUCUCUCCGAUAUUUUGCACAGCCAAAAUCAAGGCAAUGCCAAGGAAUCGAAUUCAAUCAAUACGAAUGGUGCCAAGAAACAAAAUGGCGCCGCCAUACGCACAAACAGCCUGGGCUCUGGCACCCGCACCCCGCCCCUGGAGCGCAAAAGCAAACUGAGCGCUUUGGGCAGAUUCUUCAAGCCCUGGAAAUGGCGCCGAAAAAAGAAGAGCGAAAAAUUUGAAGCCGCCUCCAAAUCACUGGAGCGCAAGAUUUCUGUACGUGCCAAUCGCGAUGAGUUAGUGCAAAAGGGCAUCCUGCUGCCGGAGAGUCCGCUGGGCAAUAUACCAGAGCCGGGCGAGGAGUCAUACUACAAUAGUGGAGCCAGCGCGAAUGGCUCUCUACUCUCAGCCGUCCACAAUAAUUCCAUAAAUCAAGCUAACAAUUCCAUUAAUGCCACGACCUAUGGCAGCGCCGGCAAUGCGCUCCUCUCGCAACAAAAACAACAACAGCAGCAGCAGCAACAGCAGUCGGGGGGCGGGGGCGUGCCCAACUCCAUAUCCGUGCAACAGUUCAAUGCAAAUUCCAUGCUCAAUGGCGCCAGCCACAAUCAACAGAAUUCCAUUGCCAAUGGCGGCGGCGGCGGGAGCGGCAGCGGCGGCAACGAUGGCGCCUCGGACACAUCCUCGCUGAGCGGUGGCGUGCCCCAUUCACAAUCGGCACCACAUCAGCUGGGCGUCGGGCAGCAGACGGCGCCACCGCUGACACCUCUGGCCCAGCAUCAUCAGGCGCUGGCAGCGCAGCUGCAGCAGCGAUUCGCCAUCAGCAAUAAUAACGAACCAAGAAAAGACAAGACUGAUGCACAACAACACGGUGGCAAUGGCACAUUAUCAACACCGAAUAUUGAGCAGCCAUCAUGCCAGGGCUCCAUGCUGCCACCACCUGGCGGUGGCGGCGGCGGAGGCGGUGGUGGCAUGCACCAGCAGCAGCAAUACAACCAGACCGAUUCCAAUAACAAAGUGGAGCGACCCAAUACUCUGGGCGGCAGCAACAAGCUGUCGCGGCGAGGAGUCAACAUUUGCUACCACAACGAACACUAUGGCGGCGACGAUGGCAAAAUGGUGGGUGGACCGCCGGGCAGCACACCACCGCCAUAUGCUGGCGGCAAGCUGCCGCCGGGCGUGAUGCUCAGCGAGCUGCCAGAGCCGCCGAUACCGGUAUCUGAAAUUGGACCCAUCCCACCGCCGCCGAUGUUCUCCACGCCGAGCCCGACGCUCAUCGCUGGACGACCGCACGGGCCAGGCGCUAUGAACGAUCAGGACUACCAGCAGGACUACGACUAUGAUGAUCACGAUCCCGACCAGGACGAGCUCGACUCGGAUGAUGAGUACGCGCCGUAUGGCGGCAACCAUGUGCGCGUCAUGGAUACGCAGCGCGUCGAGGAAAUUCCAGCCAAAGAGCCAAAACCAAAUGCAGUUCCUCUCAAGUCGGCGCUAAAGAAGAAGGUCGGCAUCUCCGGCAAUGCUAAUUCCGCCUCCACGCCAGUCACGCCCACACAGGAGCAUCACAGCGCCGCAACAGCUGCUGCCAUUUCCAAUAGCAAUGGCGGCAUUGGCUCCAUGGCGGCCGCAGCCGCUGCAGCGGCCCAACAGUCGGCCAAUCAGCGUCCACUCGUGGUGCGUCAGGAUGCGGCGGGCAACAACUAUUCGCUCAAGCCUAUACUACGACCACGGAUUAGAAUAUGCAGGCAGCAAAUGUUCAAUAUCCAACUGCCGUGCACCGUGGAGAACAAGGAGAAUACGCGACCGUUUGUGAUAAGGGAGAGCAGCAGCGAUAGCGAUGAGAGCGAUGGACACAUUGUCUAUCGGGACGAUGACAAUGAUAAUACACGGCUGGCCAAGCUGGCGCGCAAGGAGUCGCUGUCGUUGAAGCUGCAGCUGCGACCAGACAAACAGGAUCUGAUCAAUCGCAAUAUAUUGCAUCAGGUCAACGACAAUGAGAUCAAGGAGUCCAAGGAGGCAAUUGGGGCGCGCCUAAUCCGACGGCUAUCAAUGCGACCCACCGCCGAGGAGCUGGUGGAGCGCAACAUUCUAAAAACUCAAUCACCCGCCGAGGAGAAGAAGCAGAAGGAGGAGAAGAAAUCGUAUUUACUGCGCAAACUCAGCUUUCGGCCCACCGUCGAGGAGCUCAAGGAGAAGAAGAUCAUACGCUUCAACGAUUACAUUGAGGUAACGCAGGCACACGAUUACGAUCGACGGGCGGACAAGCCAUGGACAAGACUGACGCCAAAGGAUAAGGCUGCCAUACGCAAGGAGCUGAACGAGUUCAAGUCCUCCGAAAUGGCAGUCCACGAGGGCAGUCGCCAUCUGACGAGAUUCCAUAGGCCAUGACGAUUGCAAUGGCAGCAACUUUCCAACAAAUUACAGCAACAACAACCCAAACAAUUGUAUUUUGUGCAGCAUAAAAUUGUCAACAAAUAUUCAAAAGCAAAACAUUAAGAAACAACAAAAAAAAAAACCAACAAAAAAUCACAAAAAAAAUACAAAAAAAAAGAACAAAGUUUAAAAAUAAAAAAAAUGCGAUAAGACACAAUAAGAAGAAGAAGAAAUGCAAAUAACAAUUUUCAAAUGGCAAAAAUUAGUAAGAAGAAGCAGAUGCAAUUCAAAUUGAAAUGUUUUAUUUUUUUAGGGUUUUCUGUUGAUUGCGAAUUCCGCUCGUUUUUCUAAUUUUAAGUUCUAUUCUGUACGUAGUAUUUUUUGUGUUUUUUUCUACAAUUACUUUUUGUUGAUUGUGUAUGUAAAUAAAUUUUUUGGCAAUCCCCACAAAAUAGAUUUGAGAGAUACAAAUUAAAAUAUCAAUUCGUCUUGUGUAGAUUUGUUAAGUCGAUUUGUUAAUUCUUCAGUCAUGGCAAUUAUGUAUUAUAUUAUAUAACAGUGAAAGGUAAACUAAAUUACACAUUUGAUAAAUGUUUAAACUAAAUUACAUUUAUAUUAACACAUUAACUUAAAAACCACAAAACAAGUCAAGCAAAUAACAAUUUCAUUGAGAGAGAAAGAGAAAUUCUUAAACUUUAAGCAUACAUUUACUUUUACUGCUGAUUUCCAUACAUUUUUAGAUUUUGAAUUAAGCCAACUACAAAUUAAAUCAAGAAAACAAAAAACAAAACAAAAAAACACCGCAAAUAAUAUUAUAAAUUAUACAAAAAGCGAACAGUUCUAAAACAAACAUAUAUAUAUAUUAUAUUUUUAAAUUUAUUAUUAUUGUAAAAAGCCUAAACGUAAACAACACAUUAAAAAAUAGAGCUAAAAAGAAGAACAUAAAAGUAAUAAAAAAAUAAAUUACAAUUUUUUUUAAAGACAUUUCAGCAAAAACUGUUGCCAGAUUUUAUUAUUUAUUUCAGUUCUUAACUUUAUGAUAAUUUAUAUUUAACAUUUGAUUUGUAUAUUACAUGUACAUACAUAUCGCCGAAUUGCAUAAAACUUUAAAGUUUAUCGCUAAAGAUAGGUAAAGCCAUAAAUAAUGGAAUGAGAAAAAGUGCUCAAAGGAUAAGUAGAAGGAUAAAUUUCGUAAAAAGAAAAACCCAAAUACAAAAGAAAACAGAUCGAUAAAUUUGUAAUAAAUAAUAUGGCAACAAAAUAUCAGGAAUUACAAACUGAAGCAAGUUGGACCCAGUAUGAAGUUUUUUAAGUGAAAACGACGUAACAAUUUAACACGUAAGUCACGUAAGAUUUUAGAAGCAGAUGGAACCAAAGAGAAUAAAUUAAAACAACCCAAAAAAUAAAAACAAAAAUCACAUCAACUAAAUGUUGAAUAAAUAUCUAUUUUGUAAAGCGAGUUGCGAAUAGUUACGAAUGAUUAAAAUGAGAAACUGAAACUUUUACUCCAGCAUUCACAUAGUUAUGGAUAAUCCAAAAAAAAAAAAUAAUGAAAAUAUAAAUUCCUAAUUGUAAAAAAUUUGCAAAAAAACAAAAAACAAACAACAAUUGUAAUGCAAAUUCAAAUGCUCGCGCGUGCUCGUGAAUAAUUAAAUUAAAAAGGUAAACAAAAAUAAAAACAGUUUCAAAGAACAUUUAGUAAGAAAUUAAGCUCUAUAAAUAAUAAAGAAAGAAAAAGCGAACUUAGUUUAAAGAUAAAUUGGCGCUUCCUUUGCAAGUUUCAUAUUUCUAAAGCAAACAACACACACACAAUUUAAAGUAAAAGACAAAAAUAAAAAAUAAAUAGACUAAAGUAAAGUAAAAAUUUGUUUCAGGGCAGUCAACGAGUUGGCUCGAAUAAAAAGCUUUUGCUUGAUUUCGCGAGGCUUCCGUCAUAUAUAUAUAUGGUGAGGAGUUAAGAUCUAGAAGCACAAAUAGGUCAGCUGCCAGUUUCUCAAACCGAAUCUAAGUCGUGUCUCUCACACUCUCUGUCUCUCAGCUUCAAGGCGUUGCAUUGUCAGAGUUAAGCAAUAUAAAUUGCAAAUAUAUAUGUAUACAUACAAUAUAUAUAUAUAUAUAUAAUUAUACAUAUACAUUAAAUAUCUAUACAAACUAAAUAGUAUAUAUGUAUACAACUAUUUAUAUGAGAUGAAGAAGCAGCUGAAGCAGUUGACGCUAUAUACAUACAACUAUCAAUAUGGGAUAGCAUAAUUUACACUUUUUCUAUGAAUCGAUUUUUAGUGUACAAUAAAAACAACAAAAACUACACUAACAACAACAACAACCACAACAACAACAGGAGCCCCCGCGUUGAUUGAGAGCCUACCUAUCCAUAACUAGCGACGAGUUUUAGUUUUAAUGCAUCUUUGUGUACAGCAUUUCACACUGUCCUUUCGAAUUCUGUUUUCAACUCUAACAACAAACUUUGCAGUUGCCGUUGCAAAAAAAAACAAAAAAACGCAAAAAAAUAAUUAAAAGAAAAUGAAAUGAAAAACUGUAGCAAUAAAUAAGAACACCACAAGAAAAGUAAAAGAAAAAAAAACACGAACAAAAAAAAGCAGCAGCCAGAGCCAGUAGCUAAUAGCACUUGGUCAGAUCUUCUAGGCUGAGAAAACAAAAAAAAAGAAAACAUUUGUAAAAGCCCAAAGUUAGGCAGAAUCCGUUGUGAA